UAAUUGAUUUGGCACUCUUAUCUUCUCCUUUUAAUUCUGGCGACCGAUGAUCUGUCACACUCUCUUUUUCUCUUCCUCCCAUAAAAGGACAUGCACAUCACACGUUGCCACUCUUCACUUUCUGUUUCUCAUUCUUUGAAACAAAUCGUGCAUGAUGGCUCUCUGGGUCCGGAAAUCACGAGACUUUAUGAUCAACCGUUUCAAGUCCAAGAUGGGUUCUUUGGGUUUGAUCCAUUUCAGCUCUUGCAGUUCAUCUUUCACUCGUAAAUCUCCGGUCCUGGUUCCUUUUCCGGCUUCAUUUGCUCAAAACCACAGAAUCCCGGAGGGAGAGUUUGGAAACCCGCCGGCCCAUUUCCGUUUCUGCUCUCGUCGUUUUGAAUCCGGUAAAGCAGAAACGCUCUACGACGAGGGUGAUGCCAAUCAGGUUUUGGAUUUACCAGAUGGGAAGGUCAAAUUUACUCCUGAAAUGAGGUUCAUAUCUGAGUCGACUACGGAGCGUGAGUCCUGUUAUCGGGUCCUUGAUGACAAUGGGAAGAAAAUUAUGUCCAGCAACUAUGCUGAGGUCAGCCGGGAAGUUGCUGUAAAAAUGUACACAGACAUGGUGAUGCUUCAAACUAUGGACACCAUUUUCUAUGAAGCACAGAGGCAAGGAAGAAUUUCCUUUUAUCUGACUACAGUUGGUGAAGAAGCCAUCAAUAUUGCAUCUGCUGCAGCACUCACCUUUGAUGACAUUGUCCUUCCUCAGUACAGGGAGCCAGGAGUUUUAAUAUGGCGCGGUUUCACUGCACAAGAAUUUGCAAACCAGUGUUUCAGUAACAAAGCUGAUUAUGGGAAAGGCAGACAGAUGCCAAUCCAUUAUGGGUCUAACAAGCACAAUUACAUCACUGUAUCAUCACCCAUAGCUACACAACUUCCACAGGCUGUUGGUGUUGCUUAUUCUCUAAAAAUGGACAGAAAAGAUGCAUGUGUGGUCACAUAUAUUGGGGAAGGUGGCACAAGUGAGGGUGAUUUCCAUUCUGCUCUAAAUUUUGCGGCUGUUACGGAGGCUCCAGUCGUAUUCAUUUGUCGGAACAACGGAUGGGCUAUCAGUACACCUACUUCAGACCAGUUUCGGAGUGAUGGUGUUGUUGUAAAAGGUCGGGCUUAUGGAAUCCGAAGUAUCCGAGUAGAUGGGAAUGAUGCACUUGCCAUGUAUAGUGCAGUUUACGCUGCACGCGAAAUGGCAAUCAGUGAACAGAGACCAAUCUUAAUAGAGGCAUUAACAUAUCGAGUUGGACACCAUUCCACAUCAGAUGAUUCAACCAAGUAUCGGCCAGUUGAUGAGAUUGAACGGUGGAAAGUGGAACGAGACCCAGUAACUAGAUUUAGAAAAUGGAUUGAAAGAAAUGGUUGGUGGAGUGGUGAGGCAGAGAUAGAGGCUAGAAACAGUGUGAGAAAGCAGAUGUUACAUGCAAUCCAGGAAACUGAGAAAGUUGAAAAGCCACCAGUUGCUGACAUGUUCACUGAUGUAUACGACUGUCCUCCUUCCAAUCUUGUUGAGCAGGAGAAACGGCUAAGAGAGACAAUUAAGAGACACCCCCAGGAUUACCCAUCUGAUGUUCCUGUGUAAAGUUAUUCCACUGUACAUAGGUGGAAGUGUACAUAGCUCUUUAAUAAAAUGCUUAACCAUCUGAUGUUCCUGUGUAAAGUUAUUCCACUGUACAUAGGUGGAAGUGUACAUAGCUCUUUAAUAAAAUGCUUACCCAUUCUUCCGUGACA